GAGGGACAACAAAUAGCUUCAGAGAGAUUGGGGCUGGGGUGGGGACCCUCCACACCAGGGAUGGCACACAUGGAGGCCAAUCAGGCUCUCCCACCUGUCACCCUGGCCCUUCUUUGCUUGGACGGCGUCUUCCUCUCCUCCGCCGAGAAUGACUUUGUGCACCGCAUCCAGGAGGAGCUGGACCGUUUUCUGCUGCAGAAGCAGCUGUCAAAGGUACUUCUUUUCCCCCCACUCUCCAGUCGCCUCCGGUACCUGAUCCACAGGACAGCAGAGAAUUUUGAUCUUCUGAGCAGCUUCUCUGUUGGGGAGGGCUGGAGGAGAAGGACAGUCAUCUGUCACUUGGAUAUCAGGUUACCCAGUUCAGAUGGACUCUCUGGCCCCUGCCACCCUCCUGCCUCCCAGCCUAGCAAGCACCGAGGACCUCGGCCCACCUCAAACCAAGGAGCACCUGCUGGUCCUCGGGGUGCGCGGGCUGGCCGGUGGCAUCGUGGACGCAAACCAGACCAGGCUUUGUAUGUGCCCCGAGUACUGCGCAGGCAAGAAGAAUGGGUACCACCCUCUACCCAAGGGCUCAAGGGAGAUGCUCCAGCUGGCGGGCUCCUGGAAGAGCCUGGAAAUGUUGGUGCUGAGGACCUCAACUCUGAUCAGGACCUCCCUGUGUCGACGACUCAGGCACCUGAGGACCUAGAGGGCCCAGACCAACGCUGUGACAAUGAACAGCUACUGGACCUAGUUGGCAUUGAGUCCCCACAGCCCGAGAGCCACUCAGGGACAGGACAUGGGUUGGAGAUGGCCACACAACUUGGGUCCAGUCUGAGGCUGGACUCAGAAGAGGCGAAUGGGAGUGAGGUGGAGAAGAGCCUGGCAGAGGAGGAAGAGGCAGACUUGGAAGAGUUGGGGCUUGGCAGCUGCUCCGAGGAUGAUUACAGUGAGCUGCUACAGGAGAUAACAGACAACCUGACUGAGAAGGAGAUUCAGGUAGAGAAGAUCCAUGUGGACACGUCCUCCUUCAUGGAGGAGCUGCCUGGAGAAAAGGAUUUUGCCCACAUGGUGGAGAUCUACGACUUUGAGCCGACACUCAAGACUGAGGACCUGCUGGCAGCAUUUUCCGAGUUCCAGGAGAAGGGGCUCAAGAUUCAGUGGGUAGAUGACACGCACGCGCUCGGUGUCUUUCCCUGCCUGGCCUCAGCCGCUGAAGCCCUGACCAAGGAUUUCUCUGUGCUCAAGAUCCGGCCCCUUACGCAGGGAACCAAGCAGUCAAAGCUGAAAGCCUUGCAGAGGCCAAAGCUCCUGCGUCUGGCGAAGGCGAGACCACAGACAAAUACAGCGGUGGCCAGGAGGCUGGUGGCCCGGGCCCUGGGGCUCCAACACAAGAAGAAAGAGCGGCCUGCGGUCGAGUCUUCUACCUCCCUGAGGCCCUGAGAGGCCCAGCAAGCCUGGAUCGGUGGCCCCAGGACGAAGCUGGUGCGCCAACACCACAAGCCUUUAUAGACACCGGAACAGCCCUGUACUAUUUGUCAGGGUGUCCUUGUUGGGUGUGGUGGGCUUUAGUUUGGUCUAGUUCCAGAAGUUGAGAGAAAAUAAAAACCUGAUGGUUGUUUUCAAA